UUUUUUUUUCUGACCAGCUCAUUUAUUCUCCAGCGCUGACAGCUAGGCAGAGCCACUGAGGAGCCCAUCCCCCGGCUCCAACCUCCACCUGCUCGGCUAGCCCUCUAGCCGUCCUACCGGCAAAAGGUCUCGGUGGGCUUCCUCUGAGCUCGGACCACCUGCCAAUUCCAGCCUUCCAUGCCGAGGCCCACCCUGUCAGUCCCUGCUUUUUGUCAUCGGCUUGGCAAACGGGAGAGCAAACGAAGCUUCAUGGGAAACAGCAGCAACAGUUGGGUUCUCCCCGGGGAGGAGGCACAAGGCUGGAUGGGCCAGGCUGUGCAGGGAGGGACCAGGACAAGCAGGUCCCAUGCAUCAUUCCCCAAGCUGGAGCUGGGCCUGGGACACCGUCCCUCCCCACCCCGGGAGCCGCCUACCUGCUCCAUCUGCCUGGAAAGGCCCCGAGAGCCCAUCUCACUGGACUGCGGCCACGACUUCUGCGUCCGAUGCUUCAGCACGCAUCGCAUCCCGGGCUGUGAGCUACCAUGCUGCCCCGAAUGCCGGAAAAUCUGUAAGCAAAAGAAGGGCCUCCGUAGCCUCGGGGAGAGGAUGAGGCUCCUACCCCAGCGACCACUGCCCCCCUCACUGCAGGAGACCUGUGCUGUGCGGGCAGAGCGCCUGCUGUUGGUGCGCAUCAGUGCCUCUGGAGGCCUCAUCCUCAGGAUGGGGGCUAUAAACCGCUGUCUCAAGCAUCCGCUGGCGAGGGACACACCUGUCUGCUUGCUUGCCGUCCUGGGAGAGCAGCACUCAGGAAAGUCCUUCCUCCUGGACCACUUGCUCAGAGGCUUACCAGGCCUGGAAUCCGGUGACAAUGGCAAGGCCAGAGCAGAGGGGUCCCUGCCUGGGAUCAGAUGGGGUGCUAAUGGCCUCACCAGGGGCAUCUGGAUGUGGAGCCACCCUUUCCUGCUAGGAAAAGAAGGAAAGAAGGUGGCCGUGUUCUUAGUGGACACAGGAGACGUCAUGAGCCCAGAACUGAGCAGGGAAACAAGGGUAAAGCUCUGCGCCCUCAGCAUGAUGCUCAGCUCCUACCAGAUCCUGAAUGCCUGCCGAGAACUGAAGGACACAGACCUGGGCUAUCUGGAGAUGUUCGUUCAUGUGGCCGAGGUGAUGGGCAAGCAUUAUGGGAUGGUGCCAAUCCAGCAUCUGGACCUCUUAGUUCGUGAUUCUUGCCAUCACAAUAAGACAGGGCAAGGGCACGUGGGUGACAUCCUCCAGAAGCUGUCCGGAAAAUACCCCAAGGUUCAGGAGCUGCUCCUAGGGAAACGGGCCCGCUGUUACCUCCUGCCUGCUCCUGAGAGGCAGUGGGUAAACAAAGGACAAGAAGGCAACACAGAAGACGACUUCUCCCACCAUUUCCGGGCCUACAUCUCCGAUGUGCUGAGCACAGCCCCUCAGCAUGCUAAGAGCCGCUGCCAAGGGUACUGGAGUGAAGGGCGUGCCAUGGCCAGGGGGGACAGACGCCUGCUCACAGGGCAGCAGCUAGCACAGGAGAUCAAGAAUCUCUCUGGAUGGAUGGGGAAGACUGGGCCCAGUUUCAGCUCUCCAGAUGAGAUGGCUGCUCAGCUUCAUGACCUGAGGAAAGUGGAAGCUGCCAAGAAGGAAUUUGAAGAAUAUGUGAGGCAGCAGGACAUAGCCACCAAGCGCAUCUUCUCUGCACUGCGAGUCCUGCCGGACACUAUGCGGAACCUCCUCUCUACCCAGAAGGAUGCCAUCUUGGCCCGCCAUGGUGUGGCCCUGUUGUGCAAGGAGAGAGAGCAGACCUUGGAGGCCUUGGAAGCUGAGCUGCAGGCGGAGGCCAAGGCCUUCAUGGACUCCUACACGAUGCGCUUCUGCGGCCACCUGGCCGCCGUAGGGGGCGCUGUAGGUGCUGGGCUCAUGGGCUUGGCAGGGGGUGUGGUGGGUGCAGGCAUGGCGGCAGCAGCUUUGGCUGCUGAAGCUGGGAUGGUGGCAGCUGGGGCAGCGGUGGGGGCCACUGGGGCUGCUGUAGUUGGGGGUGGUGUGGGUGCUGGGCUGGCCGCCACUGUGGGCUGCAUGGAGAAAGAGGAAGAUGAGAGGGUGCAAGGAGGGGACCGAGAGCCCCUUCUCCAGGAAGAAUAACAGCCAGGAGAUGUUGAAGGGCGAAGGAGCUGGAAGGCAAGAAGGAAGGAUUCAGAGGGACCAGUGUAUGCUGGUCCUGCCGAAUGCCCUGUGUCAAACGCUGGCUGAGCCAGGGCUUUA